AAUCCUAAACAUAGAAAAAAACUAAUUUACCUAUCUUUACUGAAACACUGCACUUCCCUAGGAUCAUGAAUCAUCAGCUUUUCCCCUAAAGUGUCCUAUCUAUAGCCAAAUCUUAUUUUCUUCAUAAUCAAAUUAUUAUUUAACCAAAUACGUAUUAUAUUAGGGAAAAAAACUUUAAUCUCAUCGUUCAGUCUAUAUAAAUAAUUUUUUUUUUGUAUGUUAUAGGGUUUUUCUAAGGGUUCCAUGGAAGAAACACAAGUAAAAAAAAUGAAAUUGUCCAAUGAGGGUGUUGAUAAUGAAGAGUACCCUAUUAAGGAAGUUGAAAUGACAGUGCCAAAAACUGAUGAUCCAACAAUGCCUGUACUAACAUUUAGAAUGUGGUUACUUGGGAUCACGUCUUGUGUCUUGUUGUCUUUUGUGAAUCAGUUCUUUUGGUACCGUACUGAACCGCUGACGAUUUCAUCUACGGCGGUUCAGAUUGCUGUGGUGCCCAUUGGGCACCUGAUGGCGAAAACCAUAACAAAGAGGGUGUUUUUCGAGGGCACGCGUUGGGCGUUUACGCUGAAUCCAGGGCCGUUUAAUAUUAAAGAGCAUGUGUUGAUUACGAUAUUUGCUAAUGCGGGCGCUGGAACUGUUUACGCUACGCAUAUAUUAAGUGCUGUUAAGCUUUAUUAUAAGAGGCCACUUGAUUUUUUUCCAGCAUUGCUUAUCAUGGCCACGACUCAGAUGUUAGGUUUUGGUUGGGCCGGUAUUUUCCGGAAUCAUCUGGUUGAUUCAGCAGAAAUGUGGUGGCCAGGCAGUUUGGUUCAGGUCUCCUUAUUCAGGGCUCUGCACGAAAAGGAGGCUAGAUCAAAGGGUGGUACAACGCGAAUUCAGUUCUUCCUCAUAGCCUUAGUUUGCAGCUUUGCAUACUACAUUUUCCCCGGUUACCUUUUCCAGAUGUUGACCUCAUUUUCUUGGAUCUGUUGGUUGGCUCCCAAAUCCAUCCUUGUUCAACAAUUGGGCUCUGGCAUGCAUGGCCUUGGCAUUGGCGCCAUAGGAUUUGAUUGGACAACGAUUUCAUCCUACCUCGGAAGUCCUCUGGCUAGUCCAUGGUUUGCCACUGCCAAUAUUGCAGUUGGUUUUGUACUUGUAAUGUAUUUGAUGACACCACUCACCUAUUGGUACAACGUUUACAAUGCCAAGAAUUUCCCAAUUUUCUCUUCUGAUCUCUUCACACAUAAUGGGACGAAUUACAACACUUCGGCAGUCAUUGGUGCACACUUUCAGCUUGAUUACCCUGCCUAUAAUCAAUAUGGCAAGUUGCAUUUGAGCACCUUCUUUGCCAUGACAUAUGGUCUUGGAUUUGCUGCUCUUGGCUCUAUAUUUGUGCAUGUUUCUCUCUUCCACUCAAGAGAAGUAUUGAAUGGAUUUAGAGAAGUACUGUGUGGACAGGCGAAAAAAUCAGAUGUGCACACAAGGCUAAUGAAAAAAUACAAGCAGGUUCCUAUGUGGUGGUUCCUUGUUGUUCUUGUGAUAAACAUGGCAUUAAUCAUCUUUGUCUGUGAGCAUUAUCUUGAAACAUUCCAAUUACCUUGGUGGGGUGCUUUGAUAGCUUUUUUUAUAGCCUUCAUUUUCACUCUACCCAUAGGAAUAAUAGUUGCUACGACGAACCAGCAACCAGGUCUUAAUAUCAUCACAGAGUAUGUAUGGGGGUAUGUUUUCCCUGGCCGCCCUGUGGCUAACAUGUUGUUCAAGGUGUUUGGGUACAUUAGCAUGACCCAAGCUCUUAGUUUUGUCUAUGAUUUCAAGCUUGGUCACUACAUGAAAAUUCCUCCAAGGGCAAUGUUUAUGGCUCAGAUGCUGGGCACAUUCAUAGCAAUAAUCAUAUACACAAUUACUGCUUGGUGGCUCAUGGAUACAGUGCCAAAUCUCUGUGACACCUCUUUGCUACCACACAACAGCCCGUGGAAAUGUCCGCAGGACCGUGUUUUCUACGCCGCCUCUGUUAUCUGGGGGCUCAUUGCGCCCAAAAGAAUAUUUGGACCACUUGGCGUUUACAACAAUGUCAAUUGGUUCUUUCUCGGAGGAGCCCUUGCUCCUAUACUAGCUUGGUUGGUACAGAAGAUUUUCCCUAAGCAGAAAUGGAUUUCCCACAUACACAUGCCAGUACUACUGAGUGCAACAGCGAUGAUGCCUCCAGCAACCUCGGUGAACUACACAAGUUGGCUGAUUUUAGCGUUCCUCUCAGGUUAUGUUGUCUACAGACGUUGGCCUCACUUGUGGCAGCGUUACAACUAUGUUUUAUCUGGUGGCCUGGAUGCUGGAACUGCUUUCAUUGCGGUCUUGCUGUUCCUUUCUAUACAAUCUAAUCGUAUCAGUGUCGACUGGUGGGGAAAUAAUGUAGACGGAUGUCCAUUGGCUUCUUGUCCCACAGCUAAAGGGGUUCUUGCUGAAGGAUGUCCAGCCAUAUCAUAAAUUCUUUUCACAGUAUAUCUUGGAAGUCUUUAGUUUCUAUACUAGUUCAUGAAGUCUUUUCAAUAUCUUGUGCAGUCUUUGUCCAUGAACUGGUACUUGCUAAUUUAGGAGUUUAUUAAGACUCCAAAUGUUUUUAGGCUUGUACUAUCAGUGGUAGCAUCUUUUCACAUCAAA